GCAGAUGGAACUGGGUGCCACAACCAAACACCCGCUUCCAUACUUAAUUGCGCUUUUGGACAAUAUUUUGAAAUAUUCUCAUACUGAACCUUAGUGGUGGACAUCACCUGCUGUUCUUAGAUAUUGCUGAGAAUCUUACUGCUUGCUUUGUUCCUAGCAGUGAGUCUUUUCUCAGACAUGGAGGAGCCUGAUAUGCGACAACAGAAGCUGGACAAUCAGAGAAGCCUUCUGAUGAAAAAGCAGCAAAAGAAGAGGGCUGAUUCUCAGAUGGUGGUAGCUAAUCGGGAUGCUCGCCAAAAGAAUCGAAAGCACAAAGCUGCCCAAUCCGAUGAGAUGCCUUUGCUGAUCAGCCAGUCCCUGAGCAACGUUUCACUGACCGAUCAAGUUGAACAUGCCCAUGACAACCCAUUGGAUGAGAUCACACUGGGUGAAUACGACACGACAGAAAGCGUGGCGUUCAAUGAGAUGCCUGCAGAGAAGCCUGCUACUCCCAAGAAGAUGAACUUGGAGAUUGACAAAGAGCCUGAGGUGAAAGGUGAAGACGACCAUGAAGCCAAUGUGGAAGGAAAAAAGACAAAGAAGAAAGAUGUGAAAAAAGAAAAAAACAAACAGGUGAAUCAGACAGAGGAAAAGGACAAAGAAAAGGACAAAGAGAAAAAAGAGAAGAAACCAAAGAAGAAGAACAAAUUGACAGAAAGUGAAGAUGCAGAGAAGACAAACAAAACGACUAAACAAGAGCGCAAAAAGAAGCAUUUACAGGAGGCUUUAACCCCUGAGACAGAGCCAGCGAUGGAGGAGGCAAGUCCAAAGAAGAAAAGAGAAGACGGGAGUGACAAUGAAGAGGAGGACCAUGAGCCCCAGAAGCCUGCUCCUCAGUCACCUAAGAGGAAAAAACAGCUGGACACAUCCAGGUGCCAAAUAAGUGAUGAGAGCAAAGAGGACGAAAUCCAGGAAAAGGAGAAAAAAGACAAAAAGUCAAACAAAGCAGAGAAAACUACACCGAGUCUAGCUUCACUUAACUCCAACUACAGGGAGAGUUCAUCUUCAGGGAGUGAAUGCAAUGAAAGAUCAACUUCUCCGAUUUCAGUGGAGGAUCUGGAGAAGUUUGCUUUGCGUCCUGCUCCCAGAGACGUGACCAUCCAGUGUAGAGUCACCAGGGACAGGAGAGGCAUGGAGAAGGGCAUCUACCCAACGUACUACCUCCACAUGGAGAAAGAGGACGGCAAAAGGGUGUUUCUAAUGGCAGGCCGAAAACGGAAGAAGUGCAAAACAUCCAACUAUCUCAUUUCCACUGAUCCCACAAAUCUGUCCAGAGACACAAACUGCUACAUCGGAAAACUCAGGUCCAAUGUUCUGGGUACAAAGUUCACAGUCUUCGACGGAGGUGAAAACCCAGAGAAGAAACCUUUCGUCAAAGAGUGUGAAUCUGUGCGGCAGGAACUGGCAGCAAUCUGCUAUGAGACCAAUGUGCUGGGUUUCAGAGGUCCCAGGAAAAUGACAGUGAUCAUCCCUGGCAUGCUGGAGAACGAUGAAAGAGUGACCAUCCAUCCCAAAAAUGAGCUCGAGACUCUGCUGGCCCGCCAUGCAAACGGCAACACAGACAAACUGGUCACGCUGGUGAACAAAUCCCCGAGCUGGAACGAACAGACUCAGUCAUAUGUGCUCAACUUCCACGGACGAGUCACUCAGGCGUCUGUCAAGAACUUCCAGAUCAUCCACCCUGACAAUGAGGAGUACAUAGUCAUGCAGUUUGGCCGAGUGUCAGAGGAGGUCUUCUCCAUGGACUACAGUUUCCCCAUGUGUGCCCUGCAAGCCUUUGCCAUCACCCUGUCGUCCUUUGAUGGCAAACUGGCCUGUGAGUGACCAAUGCUGGUGUGCCUCAAGUGACAUUUACAGGUUGAAAUGAGAACAUACCCAUAAUUUUCAACAGAGCCACUUUUUUCAUGUUUUGUAUUCGUCCGGGUUUGUAACACUUUGUAAACACUAAAUAUAACAAAACAAACCACCACAGACUUCGGAGGAGUAUUGUUUUAUUUUAUAGGUGCUGUACUAUUUUACCACUGAUUUUGUAUUAAAGUUAAAGUCAUUUAAGUUGGUUAAUUUAAGGGAUUUCUUGUCAUGUCUGCCAGAUGUGUAAAGGAUUUGUGCAAUUAAAAUAUUCAGGAUAUCUGUGUAAACACUACACGUAAAAUAAUAAAUUAUAAUUACACAACAUCA